AUGGACCGGGCGCUAGCAAUUUCCGCAGCAAUGGCAAUUCGUAUGGUGGCGGCAGCAGCAACAGUGGUGGGUCUUAUGGUGGUGCCUCGUAUGGCGGUUCCUAUGGUGGCGGAGCCAGCUCGCACUCCAACAAUGGUCCCGACUGGUGGGGCAAUUGAGGAAGGCCUGGCAGCCAACAAGGCCGCCACCCGCUCCAGCAUCAACCGCGACAACAGCAGCAGCAGCAACAACAACAGCAGCGCGAUUAUUAAAAGAAGAACUUCGUUAACUAACUACAAGAGCAGAGAUACAGAGCCGCAAGCAAAGGAAAAUAUUUGAAACAAUUACAACUAAAUAAUAUAAAUGCAUAUUAUAUAUAUCUUUACAUAUAUGUAAUAUAUAGGGGAGCAGCAAAUAUGAAAGAGAAACUGUCUGUGCGCAGCGCAACACUCAAACCCACACACACACACACGCUCACACAUACAAAACACAUAUGCAUACUUCUCUCAAUACAUAUAAACAUACCCACUCACCCAUACUUACAAUAGCAACCAUUACAAAUAAAAAGAAAAAUUGUUUAAAAAGCAA